AUGUUACAAUUAUAUGAUGACCAGUCUAACAAUAGAAUAUCAUUACCAUCACAAACUCGAGAAUGUAGUGUAUGUUCAAGUGAGAAACCAUAUAGUGAAUUUUUAGGAAACUACAGUGAUGCAUGUCUUCAUAUUGAACGAACUGUAUGUGAUUCAUGUGUAUAUGAAAAUACGAAAUUUCUUGUCGAAAACACCAGUGUCUAUGAUGAACAACUCAUCUGUCCUGAACAAAAUUGUAAUGCAACAUUCGAUUUUUAUGCAAUUCGAGGUAUUCUUCUUGCAACAGGCAAAAGUCAUAUAGUAUUCGAAAAAUACGAUAAAAAUUUGAUCUAUCGACGUCUCGAAGAGAUGACUGAAUUUGUUUGGUGUGCACAUGAAUGUGGCUCUGGUCAAUUACAUGAUCUCCAAGGAUCUUCGAGUCCUGAAGUCAUAUGUAUAAAAUGCCAACUACGAACAUGUUUCACACAUCGUACCAUUUGGCAUACAGGUAUGACAUGUGCUGAGUAUGAUCUUCAACAAAGUCAAUUACCUGAUGAUGGUACUUGUGCAUGGCUUGAUCAAAACACUAAAAGAUGUCCUCAGUGUCGAUGGUAUAUUGAGAAGAAUUCCGGAUGCAAUGAAAUGAAAUGUCGUCGCUGUCAACAUAAGUUUUGUUGGGAAUGUCAAGCUGAUUACAAAAUUAUUUCACGUGAAGGCAAAAGUAAUCAUCGAUCAUGGUGCAGUCAUUAUAAGGUAAAUAAUAAAAAAUACGAAGAUUGA